AUGGAUUUUGCUCAGGUUUUGGAUAAGUGUGGCAACUAUGGAAGAUUCCAAGUAGUGAUCCUUUUGCUGUACGGCUACACAAAUAUUCUAGGAUCUCUUCACUACUUCUCCCAGACCCUCAUCACAUUUACACCCGAACAUUGGUGCUACCAUGUUGACCUCGAAGGUCUCAGUGUGAAGGAGCAACGCUCAAUAUACUCAAACGUUUCCGCUCCGUCCUGCACUCCCCUUUUGGGCGUGGUCGACGGCAUGGGCGUAGUUGCAGAGGGUCGCAAAUGCAGGGAUUGGAUUUUCCAGAGGGAAAGUGGCUACGAAAGCAUUACCACUGAGCUCAAAUGGGUCUGUGACCAAUCCCAUCAUCCGGCAGUGGGCCAGUCCUUCUUCUUCGUGGGAUCCGUGCUGGGCACCAUAACCUUUGGCUAUCUCUCGGAUCAGAUAGGUCGUCUGCCUUCCCUGCUGAUGGCCACCUUGUGCGGUGCCACGGGUGACUUCAUGACCUCCUUUGUGCACACCCUGCCCUGGUUCGCCUUCUCCAGAUUCGUGUCGGGAUUAUCCACGGACACCAUGUACUACCUAAUGUACAUAUUGGUCUUCGAGUACCUGAGCCCAAAAAGUCGAACCUUCGGUCUUAACAUCAUCCUGGCCGUAUUCUACUGCUUCGGACUGAUGACCUCGCCCUGGAUAGCCAUGUGGAUUGGCAACUGGCGCCGCUACCUCUGGCUGGCAUCUCUGCCAGCACUGGGAGUGCUCAUCUAUCCGCUGCUGAUCUGCGAAAGUGCCCAGUGGCUGCUGACCAAGAAGAAGUACGAUGAGGCGGUGGCCUGCUUGAAACGAGUGGCCAAGUUCAAUGGGCGCCAGGUGGAGGAGUCUGUUUUCGAUGAGUUCAUCAAGCACUAUCGCGAAAGGGCUCAACAAAAGCCUAAUAAUCAGGGGGACACUUUCCUCGCCAUGUUUACAACCCCUCGACUGCGUCGUUUUACAUUGACAUUGCUCCUGAAGUCAGUCAUCAUAACCCUCUCGUGCGAUGUGAUAAACCGCAACAUGGAGGGCCUGGGCACUUCGCCCUUUAAGCUCUUCUCCUUAACCUCGAUCGCCUACUUCCCCGCGGGCGUGGCCAUCCUGCUGCUGCAGAACAGGAUCGGGCGCAAGGGCAUGGCCUGCACCGCCCUCUUUGUGGGUGGGUUCAUCACCACGACGACGGGUUUCCUGAUAGCCAACCUGGAUCCCUCGGAGAACGCUCUGAUUUUGGCCAUCAUGGUGGGUCUGGGCCGCUUUGGAGCCACCGUUUCGUACGAUGCGGAGAUCCAAUAUGCGGCUGAGAUCAUUCCCACCAGUGUGCGGGGUCAAGCGGUGUCCAACAUCCAUGUGGUGGGACUGGCCUCCAGCUCACUGGCUUUCUAUGUGAUUUACCUGGCCCAGUACUACAAACCGCUCCCCUCGAUCUUUAUCAGCUGCCUGAUGUUCUUCGGUGCCGGAUUGUGCCUUACUCUGCCGGAGACCUUGAACAAGAAGCUUCCAGAAACCUUAGCAGAUGGAGAAAAGUUUGCCCUGGACGAGAGCUAUCUUUACUUUCCUUGUUUUCACAAAAAAGAAGAAAAGAAUAAUGCUGAAAGUGUAUAAAUCGAAAUUAAAGACUGAUUAAAGUAAAACAUAGAGGUACCAGAACAAGGAUUUAUUUGUAAUCG